AUGGAGGGCGGGAAUGAGGUAGAUCUGUCCAACAAUAACAUCACCCCGCUGUGGAAGCGUCACUCAGCCAACCACACUGGCCCCAGCAAGACAAAGGCCCGGCCCCUCAGCUACCAGAUAGACAGACUUCACAUGACAGACUUCCCCGUAGAGGACAACAAGUGCAGCUUUACACUGAGCCAGCCCGCAGAGAGACUGGUGGCUAUGCCGGGAGGAGGGAUGGUCAUUCUGAAGCACCUUCUCAACCAACCCGCCAGGAAAACACGGGUGGUCAGGAGUAUAAGCAUCGGACAUCUGCCCAAAGGACGUUUCUCUCUGUCUAAGUUCAAGUCGAAGGAUGAUAAGUCGCCGUCAUUGGACAAUAAGGCAUACCACGGUGGGAGUGUUGGUAAAAUCGGUAACGGGGAGAAGGUGUGGUCGGACCAGACCUCCCCUUCUUCCUACCACCCUUUAAACCCUCGUCCUUCUCCCCCUAACCCCAGCCCCUCUCCCCCUAGUCUCCACACCCCUACCCCAUCUCACAGCUCCACCUCCAGUAUCUCCUCCCUCACCUCCACCUUCUCCCCUUCUGACCCCCCCACACCCCGCAGCCCCUCCCCUGCUGACAUGUCUGCCCCCUCUCCUUCUCCCACUCCCUCCCUCUCUCCUCCUCCCUCCAUUGUCCUCAGCACCCACAGUGCCGCUGCCCUGAAGACGGGCACCCAGCAGCUUAUCCCCAAAGGCCUGGCGUCCCUGAGCAAGGUCUCUCCUGCUGGGGUACAGAGCCAGGCCUUGGGGGUUCUGCUGGGCCUGAAUCCUACCAAGCGGGCCCUGCGAGCCCUCAGCAUGGUGGAGACUGGAACCUUCUUCUCCACGGACGGAGGGUCCAGGGGAGGGGGAGAGGGGACAGACCAAGAUGAGAGCCCUGGGACUCUGAAGAGAGGGUUGAGAUCUACCUCGUACAGGAGAGCAGUGGUGAGUGGAGUGGAAAUGGAAGUACCGUCUGUAGACCCCAAGACCCAUCGCCUGUCUCAGCCUGUAGUCCCCAAGACCCAUCGCCUGUCUCAGCCUGUAGUCCCCAAGACCCAUCGCCUGUCUCAGCCUGUAGACCCCAAGACCCAUCGCCUGUCUCAGCCUGUAGUCCCCAAGACCCAUCGCCUGUCUCAGCCUGUAGACCCCAAGACCCAUCGCCUGUCUCAGCCUGUAGACCCCAAGACCCAUCGCCUGUCUCAGCCUGUAGUCCCCAAGACCCAUCGCCUGUCUCAGCCUGUAGUCCCCAAGACCCAUCGUCUGUCUCAGCCUGUAGACCCCAAGACCCAUCGUCUGUCUCAGCCUGUAGACCCCAAGACCCAUCGUCUGUCUCAGCCUGUACUCAAAGGACUACAGGCGGUCAAGGAGAGCCCUACCAGCCCUGGGAAGAAGAACAAGGUAUCGAAGAGAUGUAUUCAGUUAUUAUUUUUCCAGGAAAUUGUCAUUACUGUUAACUGCUAUGUCAUGGGAACCGUUCUCCCCUUGCUUUGGCCUGUGUGCCUGGAUAUUAUUACUGUCUGUUACCCUGCAGAGUCACACUACAGUUUACUAACACUACUCUGCCUGAUGGGUUCAUGUUGUUGUUCUACUGAAGUUCAGAUCAGGACCAAAGUCCACAGCUAGCUUAAAGUUGGAACAAUGUCAUGAGGAGCUUGUGUUGAAGUGAGGCUAAUAGUGAAAACGUAUAAUUGCAAUAUACACGCGCACGCACGCACGCACGCACACACACACACACACACACACACACACUCCAUUCCACUGCUCUGUAUUUAGGCGGGGUCAGGUUGACAGGUCAGUGCAGAGGUCAGGGGUCAAGAGCAGGUGACAGGGGACCUACUUACACCCGUCAUUUAGAAUGUGACAGGUGUGGGGGGAGAGGAUUAGAUGUGGGCUAAUUUGAAGGCAUUUGUAAGGUAACCAACUUGGUACAAUAAUGUAAUUCGUAACCAGAUUUGGCUAAUAAAGCAUCAUUUAGGAUAUUGUGCUGAUACUCGCAUGCACAUGAUAACAGAUCUAGUGACAGUUUUAUUUCUCAGUUCAUAAUGGUAAUAUAAGGGUGGGGCAGGGAGAGCUGAUCCUGGGCCUGUUGUUAAUAGUGACAUAGCCAUGGGGUCUUCUUCUCUCAGAGUCCUGAUAAGAAGACAGGACUGAUCACACAGAGGACAUUUGACAGUGAAGGUGAGUGCUUCUUCUCCGUCUUAGUCAUUUAUAUGAACUAGUUAUGACUGUGACUUUCUAUCCAUGUUUGAUGUCUUGCUCUCAUUGGGAACUGUACUAUUGUGAUGCGCCCUCAACCUGUCUGUCUGUCAGUGGUGUGAUCCAACCUGUCUGUGUAUCUGUGGUGCGAUCCGCCCUCAACCUGUCUGUCUGUCAGUGGUGUGAUCCACCCUCAACCUGUCUCUCUGUCAGUGGUGUGAUCCACCCUCAACCUGUCUCUCUGUCAGUGGUGUGAUCCACCCUCAACCUGUCUGUCUGUCAGUGGUGUGAUCCACCCUCAAUCUGUCUCUCUGUCAGUGGUGUGAUCCACCCUCAACCUGUCUCUCUGUCAGUGGUGUGAUCCACCCUCAACCUGUCUGUCUGUCAGUGGUGUGAUCCACCCUCAACCUGUCUGUCUGUCUGUCUGUCUAUGGUGUGAUCCACCAUCAACCUGUCUGUCUAUGGUGUGUUCUAGAGGAGGAACUGUAUCAGAACUACCAGGAGAAAGCUCUUCACAAUGACUCUGAUGAGGACCAGUUCAAAGAGCCCAAACCUGCCGACCGCAUCGUGGUGCAGUACAGGCCCAUACGCACCUCCUGGAGCCAACUCAGUGUGGUGAGACACAUUCACACACAUAGACACAGUGCAUCAUGGUGCAGUUCCUGUCUGCUCAUACAGUACAGCAGGGUUCUUCAAUUCCGGUCCUGGAGGGCCGAAACACUUCUGUUUUUUAUUUCUACCUGGUAGUUAAUUGCACUCACCUGGUGUCCCAGGUCUGAAUUAGCCCCUGAUUAGAAGGAGAGGAUGAAAAACAGAGGUGUUUCGGCCCUCCAGGACCGGAAUUGAAGAAUCCUGCAGUACAGAGACAAACACAGUGUCUGGUUGGAAGAUGGAAUGCCGGUGCUGUGCAGGGUGUUGUCCCAUCUGGUCUGGAUGCAGUCCUUACCCACUCUCUAUACUGAGUGUCUGUCUGUUUCUCCCUGUCUACAUCUGUCUCUCUCUCUCUCUCUCUUAAUUUCUCUCUGUAAAGAGAGAGAGUGGGAUAUGAUACAAAGAUGGCAGUCACCAGUGUGGUGACUCCGAUUUUAUGACAUUAUGUAAUCCAGUUUGGACCCAGGAUGGUAGGAUAGAGAGAGAGGUUUCUGAUGUGUCACUGCAGACGGUACAGGACACUUAGUUCUGAUGGAGAUAUUCAUACUUAUUGUUUCCAAUGUGUGGAGGAGGAUAAAGGGGUAGACGAUACCACUAAUCUGUACUGUCCUGUGUUUGAUGCCAGAUGGAAGGUCUGUGGGCCGUGACUUCUGUGACAGGCUGUAGUGUUUUAUAGUAGUUGGAUGUGCUGCUGUUUCCACUGUGACAGGGCAGGCUUUAGUGUUUUUAUAGUAGUUGGAUGGAGGCUUGGGCGGUAUCCAGAUUGUCAUACCUUCAUACCGACCUUGUGCCAUACCGGGAUAUAAAGAAAUAGCGGCACUGAACACAAGGGGCGCUGUUUCCAAACAUCACUGAUAAUCUGUAAUCCGAAGGUUAGCAAUGCUAACAAGUAGAUGUAAAAUCCCGUAGAGAAUGCUAACGAGCGCAUUGCAAACAUUUUGUACAGUUUCUGACCUAAACUAUACAAGUAACUCAAAAAUGCUACUCACAGUUUGCUGCACGCACAAAACAAAUAUUACCCUGUAAGGCUCUUGAUCCAGGAGGGGAUUCUCUGCUGUUACCAAGCGAAUGCUUGAUUUGGAAGAAGCUAACCACUUAGCUAGAUGGCUAACUAGCUACUAAAUUAGCAAACCAAAUGCACAACUGCAGAGCAUUUAGCACAUUUUAGACAGUUAACCUAAUAGUUAUAAGAUAUCAUCGCCAGGGUUGUGGGUUCGAUUCCCACGAGGGACCAGUACGAACAAAUAUGAAAAUGUAUGCACUUACUACUGUAAGUUGCUCUGGAUAAGAGCGUCUACAAAAUAACGUUUCCAGUUAACAGUAACAUCUGUAGAGUCAGACUCUUCUCUGUUUCCUAGAAGUCUCUAGUUUCCAGUAACAUUAGGGACAGGAGGAAGUGGUGUAUCUAAGAGUGUUUGUUGACCCCCCCCCCCCCCCCCCCCCCCCGGGUUAAGGAUAGGACAGGGGAGGGUAAGAUGAUGCUAGAUUUGUGCCUACAGCCAACCUCUACCCCAAGCACUCCCUAUUGACUGACUACCGAGUUUCGGUUGUCACAGUUACGCCUGUCUCUGUGUUCUCAGGGAAACUCCAAAAGCAGGGCGAAGUUCAGUUGUUGUGGCGGGAAGGUGGUUACUAGGACACUAAAGACAUGCGAGGCCAUAGAUACAGUAGAUAAAUAUAAGUUAAUUGCCCUUAAAAGGGAAUUUGUCUUGCAAAUUAAAACAAUCUUGACAAGCUUUUGGCAGUCUGGCUGUAGUGGUGUGUGUGUGUGUGUGUGUGUGUGUGCCCCCUAGUCUGGCUGUGUUUGCAAAGGUCUCCGUUACGGUUGUCACAAUAUCAGUACCGCGAUACUCAGAGGUAUCAUGGCAAGGACACAAGAACAUGAAGCGGACAUCAUUUCCUGAGGAAAACAGUCCUAAUGUUAGAAACAAACAGCCUGAUGUUGUCACCCAGAAUCACGUUUCUUUUCCAAACCAUAUCACACUGUGUUACAUACAGUAGGUUUUAAAUGACCAAAGGAGUUAGACCUGCUUUGUGUUUUCCGUUUUUUGCCAUGGAAAAUCGGGUAUUGUAGGACCACUACACUGGUAUAGUGAAAACCCUAGUCUCCAUGGCAAAUAUCUUCAUGUCUGGGACUAAGGAGCAGGGAGAUUCAUAUAGCAGCAGUAUCACUUCCUUGGAUCAGUUGGAGUUGGACAGGAGUUUUCAGGUUGCUUGUAUGGCGGAGUGGGGUGCUGAAGAAGGACUGUGUGUGGAGAGAUCAGCCAGUCAGUAUUUCAAGUCCAGUAUUCUAAACCGGCCACUAGGGGCAACAGUGAACCUUAACCCUCACCUUAAAAAAAACCCUAACCAAACCAGACAUUUUGUAUCUCUUUGGUAUUACAGUGAGAUACAUUCAAGGCUUUUUAUGCUCCCAUCAGCUGUUCAGAACCCUGGUGUGGCUCGGCCUGUGACCCUGGAAAAACACUAGUGGGUGUAUAUAUUAGUACACUGUGGGAUUUAACCUAAGCAGGCUGAGGUGGGGGUGUGACCUGGUUAGGCAUUAACAGAAAAUGCUCCAGGUAUCUUAAAUGCUUUAUUUGAAUCCACCAAUCCAAUAUACAAAAAAAGGAUCCAAAGGUCCCUGUAUGCAUGGCACUCAAGGGUACAGAAAGCACCUCCUCCUCCCAACAGCGAGGCUGCCCACGACAUCUGAAACAGAGCAGUACCUCCCCAACUGCUUUGCCCUAGUUUUUGUCAGGCCCGCAAUCUGGAGGCAACGUACUGCUAGGCUGUGUACGUGGCCAAUACUGCCAAAUAUCAGCGCCACCAGCUUGCACCUACACCCGAGGCUGUCCAAGCAUGCCACGAGAGGCUGGUACUUAAGCAGCUUCUCAGCAAAGUCCUGCUCCAUGUAGCGUCAAAUGAGCCGCCCACUUCCAAAAUGAGCACCUCCCCCUGGCCUCCCCCCACAACAACAAUAUCUGGCGUAUUUGGCACACAGGAAAACACAUCAUCAACAUCACAUCAGCUUCCCCUUACACAAUAAUGUUUCUGCAUGUGUGCUGUUGGUGAGACCACUUCUCUCACCUCGCUGGCUAUCAGGUCAACAAGGCGGUCAUGUCUAGCAAUGUACAAAUCCUUGUAUGUACAGCAGCCGUUCACAACAUGGGCAAUGGACUCCAUUACAUUUGACUCAUGUAGAAUACAAAAUGGGUCAUGGUUUGCAGGGUACCAGAGUGCUACAUUAUAUUUUGUUGGUAGAACUUGCAGCCUUGCCUUAACAGUAAUGGUGAGAAUGUCCUGGCCAACGGCAGCAUUCUGGUACAUGGAAUGGGAGACAGAGUGGACAGCACAGUCCAGAGCAGUGAGUUUCCCCUGCAGCCUCAGGCCAGUCCAGUUUCCCCUGCAGCCUCAGGCCAGUCCAGUUUCCCCUGCAGCCUCAGGCCAGUCCAGUUUCCCCUGCAGCCUCAGGCCAGUCCAGUUUCCCCUGCAGCCUCAGGCCAGUCCAGUUUCCCCUGCAGCCUCAGGCCAGUCCAGUUUCCCCUGCAGCCUCAGGCCAGUCCAGUUUCCCCUGCAGCCUCAGGCCAGUCCAGUUUCCCCAUGCAGCCUCAGGCCAGUCCAGUGUUGCAGUAGCUGCAUCCGUCUGAUACCAAGGAGUGUUGUCCCGGAUGUAGGAUGAGAUGUUCCAUCAUGGGUGACAGAAGCCUCCACAAAAACACCGCGAUCUGCCACAACUGCAUCAGAGGCUGUCACUGGCUCAGUUUGCAUAUCAGUCCGUGUCCACCUGAGCUCCAUUCCAGUCCGGUUGCACAGGUCGUUGAGGUCCGGCCAGUCUGACCAGACUCCAAAGUCCGCAGCACGAGUGUCUUAAUUUUCCAUUGGCCUUCCUCCUGAAGCCCAGGAAGUUAUCCUCAGUGUCUGUGGCCAGUGUAACCUUCCUCCUGAAGCCCAGGAAGUUAUCCUCAGUGUCUGUGGCCAGUGUAACCUUCCUCCUGAAGCCCAGGAAGUUAUCCUCAGUGUCUGUGGCCAGUGUAACCUUCCUCCUGAAGCCCAGGAAGUUAUCCUCAGUGUCUGUGGCCAGUGUAACCUUCCUCCUCCCUAGGUCCAGAAGGAGAGAGGCUCUGGCUAACUCCUUAACAGUGUAAAUCCACUCAAUAUUCAGGACACCUAAACCCCCCCUCCCCUUGGCUCAGGAAGACAACGUUACGUGUGCUGUGUGUUUAAACAUAGCCACUUUCUCACCACUUGAACAGUUUUCUUAUUCAUUUCCCUCAGAACCUUCUGUGGGAUAUGCACAUUUGCAAGCAGAUGUUGGAUCUUUGCUAGGGCUCUCCUCUCUCACAGCUUCUAGCUUCAUGACCACAGGCAGAGGGGAAAUGUCAAUCAUAUCAAGCCUGGUUGAAUACCAACUUGUUCCCCCCCACUCACCAGCAACAUUAAACUUAUGACCAAGAUACUGGGCAGGGGUCUGGAGUAUGCACUAUUGCUCAGAAUAAUGUCAAUCUCUUUAGAUUUACGAUGUUGCCAUAAGUAUGCCAAUUUCUCCAUGCAUACCUUUCUCUGUCCUCUUUCGUGUUUGAGUCCCACUGCCACUGAGUGAUGGUUGAAUGGUAUCCCGAAUAAAGCACAGCUGUGCCUUGAUCCAGUCAGUGAGGGAGGUCACGGUCACCUCCGCUGGAGGCAAUCCAAGCUUGUAGGGAACUUUCUCAGGAUCCGUACAACAUAUUUCAGGAGUGGAGCACCAAAGGGUCUCCCGUCCCGAUGUUUAGGCAGAAAAGAUGCCGUUCCUGUAGAACGCUCCAUUCAGAAUAGCCGCCACUCUAUUCCAUUUCCCUGGAUCUCCGGAGGAGACAAACUUUGUUUUCUCCUGGAGCAGUUUAGUGUCUAGGCAUUUUCUGAAGGCUCUCUCAUGAGUCUGGAAUUGUUUCCAUUCAUGUUGCGACAGUCGAUGUUCAUCCUCGGAGAAAAGCGGCCAGGUAUCCCCGCCCACCAGAUGAACUGGGGAUGGUUCACUCCAUUGCUGCUGGUAGACUCGGCCACUGAGAUGGGCUUGUGUGCAAGUCGAUUUUAGCGUUGCGAUAAGGCACAUCUGUACCAAAGGUGUCCAAAAAAAUAAUUGGACCUUUACUGCAUUAACGGCGGCAGUUACAAUGGGUGUGCUUAAGUUAUGUUAGUAGAUAACCAUGUUUUGGUACAGGGCUAAAGCACUCACGUCUGGUUCCUACAGGUCUUUAUUCAGCUCCUACAGGUCUAUAUUCAGCUCCUACUGGUCUUUAUUCAGCUCCUACUGGUCUUUAUUCAGCUCCUACUGGUCUUUAUUCAGCUCCUACAGGUCUUUAUUCAGCUCCUACAGGUCUUUAUUCAGCUCCUACAGGUCUUUAUUCAGCUCCUACAGGUCUUUAUUCAGCUCCUACAGGUCUUUAUUCAGCUCCUACAUGUCUUUAUUCAGCUCCUACAUGUCUUUAUUCAGCUCCUAUAGGUCUUUAUUCAGCUCCUACAGGUCUUUAUUCAGAUCCUAUAGGUCUUUAUUCACUUUAUUCAGCUCCUAUAGGUCUUUAUUCAGCUCCUACAUGUCUUUAUUCAGCUCCUACAGGUCUUUAUUCAGCUCCUACAGGUCUUUAUUCAGCUCCUACAGGUCUUUAUUCACUUUAUUCAGCUCCUAUAGGUCUUUAUUCAGCUCCUACAUGUUUUUAUUCAGCUCCUACAGGUCUUUAUUCAGCUCCUACAGGUCUUUAUUCAGCUCCUAUAGGUCUUUAUUCAGCUCCUAUAGGUCUUUAUUCAGCUCCUACAUGUCUUUAUUCAGCUCCUACAGGUCUUUAUUCAGCUCCUACAGGUCUUUAUUCAGCUCCUACAUGUCUUUAUUCAGCUCCUACAUGUCUUUAUUCAGCUCCUAUAGGUCUUUAUUCAGCUCCUACAGGUCUUUAUUCAGAUCCUAUAGGUCUUUAUUCACUUUAUUCAGCUCCUAUAGGUCUUUAUUCAGCUCCUACAUGUCUUUAUUCAGCUCCUACAGGUCUUUAUUCAGCUCCUACAGGUCUUUAUCCAGCUCCUACAGGUCUUUAUUCACUUUAUUCAGCUCCUAUAGGUCUUUAUUCAGCUCCUACAUGUUUUUAUUCAGCUCCUACAGGUCUUUAUUCAGCUCCUACAGGUCUUUAUUCAGCUCCUAUAGGUCUUUAUUCAGCUCCUAUAGGUCUUUAUUCAGCUCCUACAUGUCUUUAUUCAGCUCCUAUAGGUCUUUAUUCAGCUCCUACAGGUCUUUAUUCAGCUCCUACAGGUCUUUAUUCAGCUCCUACAUGUCUUUAUUCAGCUCCUACAGCUCUAUAUUCAGCUCCUACAGCUCUAUAGUCAGCUCCUACAGGUCUUUAUUCAGCUCCUACAGGUCUUUAUUCAGCUCCUACAGGUCUGGUAUGAGAACUACUCCUUUUUGUUGCAGUUAUUGGAGUCAUGAACAUUGGUGUGUCUGUCUUGCUGCUUUCACUGACAGACUUAAUGAAUGUGUGCUGCCACAGACAGCUGAACGCACAGUAGCCUUCAUUUCUCUAAACGCAGACACCUGAGGCCUGAGAGUUAGGAUUACCUGUGAUGGAUACAGAUAGAGACAACCUUGACUGACAGAGGUAUGCCUCACCUCUAAACAAUUCCUUUCAUUCUUUAAGGUACAGAAUGUAACUGGUUAAGGCUAACUGGUGGCAUAUAACCAGUAGGCCUGUGUUGUUAGAGAUUACAUUUUCUUCCUAAUGUGUUACUAAAACGUAUGAUCUAAACCAGGGUUCUUCAAUUCCGGUCCUGGAGGACCGAAACACUUCUGUUUUUUAUUUCUACCUGGUAGUUAAUUGCACUCACCUGGUGUCCCAGGUCUGAAUUAGCCCCUGAUUAGAAGGAGAGGAUGAAAAACAGAGGUGUUUUGGCCCUCCAGGACCGGAAUUGAAGAACCCUGAUCUAAACUGUUUUUCCUGCAGGUAAAGAAAAGUGGAGUUUCUGAUAAGCUCAGCCAGGAGGAGCGGAAAAGACAAGAGGUAACAGCCUUAUUCAGUGUGUGUGUGUGUGAGAGAUGGUGUGUGUAUGUGCGUGCAUGUAACCCUUUCCCUUUAGACAUGGACAGUUCCUACAAAGGGUAAAGCAGACCGGCUCCAGAGGGUUUAGGAUGCGUGCGUACACAGACACACACACACACACACACACACACAGACACACACACACACACACAGACACACACACACACACACACACAGACACACACACACACACACACACACACACAGACACACACACACACAGACAGACACACACAGACACACACACACACACACACACACACAGACACACACACACACACACACACAGACACACACACACACACAGACACACACAGAAAAGUCACUUACUGUAGCACCCUGGGAAAUGUAAUAUACGGUGCCUGAACUCCUCUUCCUGUAACCUCUCCAUAGCAAUAAUAAACCCUUCUUAAAGGGGAGGGCUAGAAAAUAUGGACCAUAGACUAGUAAACCAGUUUAUAUUGAGGGACACAUUAUUUAAUAGCACGGAUGUCUAAGCAAAUACAUGUCUAGAGGACAGAAAUGUAGGAAAGUACAGUUUGAUGAAAUGUACAGAGGCACAACACAACAGUGUUUCCCCUAUUAAUAAUAAUAAUAAUAAUAAUAAUAAUAAUAAUAAUAAGCCAUUUAGCAGACGCUUUUAUCCAAAGCGACUUACAGUCACGCCACUACCCUGGCGUUACAAGCGCCAUGCUCUACCAAUUGAGCUACAGAGGACCAUUUAACAUAUGGCCUUUUUAAAUGGAAGUUUUAUUUGAAUGCCGUCUUGAAUGUUGCCUGUGGGCCUUUGUGCCCUGCCAAGACACGAUCUAGCCUGCAUGCAUCAUAACUCACACACACAUUAUUGCUCAAUGACAUGCCAGAGAUAUUAGGACAGUGCACAGAUGUUAGGUACGUUAAUGAUUUUCAUUUGCGCCCACAUUUACACCCACUCCAUUUAUAUUGAGUCAUAACCUGCUGUGGAAAUCUGCAUGUUCUGAUCUGCUGUUGAGGUUAUUGGGGAGAAUUCCAAUUCUAAGGAUACACAUUACAUUUUGUGGGAGGUCUCUCUCUACCGGAUGUGUCUUAAGAGUUCGUAACUUAACAUUUUUAAAAGUUUUGUCACUAAUGACUCUCUCUUUCUUCCUCGCUCUCUUUAUUUCUCUGUCAGGCCAUAUUUGAGUUGAUAUCGUCAGAGCACUCCUACCUCCACAGUCUGGAGAUUCUGAUCCGGAUGUUUAAGAACUCAGCGGAGCUCAGUGACACCAUGACCAAGACCGAGCACCACCACCUCUUCUCCAACAUCACAGACGUGUGUGAGGCCAGCAAGAAGUAGGUCCUGUGUGUGUAUAUGCUUGCCUUAGCUAGAGAAAGGGGGAUUGUGGGUACUGUAGUUAAUGUUCCAGUGGGGUAUGAGGUCAGUGUGAGAACUAGGGCUGUCCCCGGCUGGAGAAAAAAAAAAUCUUGGUCUACCUAAAGUCGUCUGUCCUUUCGACCAAUCCCAAAAAUGUUAACGUGUAUUUUUCCAUAUAUAGACACACCCUAUGUGUUUUAAUAAAAUCAACUGUAUAUGCAAUGAGCUUGACUGAUGCUUUAAGCUCACUGUUUGAUUAAAUCAGACACAAAUGACUCAAGAGGGAGCCAGAGAUAAAGAUAACCAGAAGAAAAAGAUAAACUUAACCUGUCCUGACCAUCCUCCUCCCGCUCCUGCUGGCUUUCACAGAUUCUGCCAUUACUCUCCUGAAGUUGCCGGUGAUAGGCUACACGAGGAGUCGGCAACCUUUCUCAUGUGGAAUGCUAAUGUAUCUUACCAUUGCUACCGAUCUGUGUGCCAGUUAUGGUUUUCACAUGCACAUUUUCGUGGGAACAAUUUCAUUUCAUUUAUAAUAACGUCAAAAUCAUUGUCAUGUGGUUCAUCAAAAUUCUAUCCAAAUCUAAAUGAAAAUGAUACAAACCUAAAAAGUAACUUCUAUUGCCAUUGCCAACUAUGUAAAAAUAGCCUCCAUAAAGCCAACAAAUAAAAACAUUGCAGCCUGCAGGUAGAAAAUAUCCUGAUAAAAAUAGAUAUCCUAUAAAUCACAUUGGCUACACAUGGCAUGUCUGCAACGUACUUGAAACAUUGUAUCAACGAUUAACUUGGGUCUGGCCAAGCUUGCACUAGCGAACUUGCAACAUUGUAUAAAAUAUUCUGGGCCCUCAGAGUUUCCCUCGCCGGUGAGCUCGGGACAGACACAGCUGUAGGCUAUUUGCACAAGGGAUAAGAAGCAGUGCUUGACUUGGGAAGGAGCUCACUGGAGCUGAGUACCGACACCUCAAAUGUUCUGCUGCUUGAGCUCCUGUUGCUCUUAUAUAAUAUUUACAUUUACAUUUACAUCAUUUAGCAGAUGCUCUUAUCCAGAGCGACUUACAAAUUGGUGCAUUCAAUUUGUGAUAGCCAGUGGGACAACAACUAUUAUUAUUAUUAUUAUUAUUAUUAUUAUUAUUAUUUUUUUUUAUUUAAUGGGUGGAGGGGGGUAGAAGGAUUACUGUUAUACUAUUCCAGGUAUUCCUUAAAGAGGUAGGAUUUCAAGUGUCUCCGGAAGGUGGUCAGUGACUCCGCUGUCCUGGCGUCGUGGGGGAGCUUGUUAUACCAUUGGGGUGCCAGAACAGCGAAUAGCUUUGACUGGGCUGAGCGGGAACUGUGCUUCCGUAGAGGUAGGGGAGAUAGCAGGCCAGAGGUGGAUGACAUGCCCUUGUUUGGGUGUAGGGUCUGAUCAGAGCCUGAAGGUAAGGAGGUGCCGUUCCCCUCACAGCUCCGUAGGCAAGCACCAUGAUCUUGUAGCAGAUGCGAGCCUCAACUGGAAGCCAGUGGAGUGUGCGGAGGAGCGGGGUGACAUGAGAGAACUUGGGAAGGUCGAACACCAGACGGGCUGCGGCGUUCUGGAUAAGUUGUAGGGGUUUAAUGGCACAGGCAGGGAGCCCAGCCAACAGCGAGUUGCAGUAAUCCAGACGGGAGAUGACAAGUGCCUGGAUUAGGACCUGUGCCACUUUCUGUGUAAGGUAGGGUUGUACUCUGCGAAUGUUGUAGAGCAUGAACCUGCAGGAUCGGGUCACCGCUUUGAUGUCAGCGGAGAACGACAGGGUGUUGUCCAGGGUCACGCCAAGGUUCUUUGCACUCUGGGAGGAGGACACAACGGAGUUGUCAACCGUGAUGGCGAGAUCAUGGAGCGGGCAGUCCUUCCCUGGGAGGAAGAGCAGCUCCAUCUUGCCAAGGUUCAGCUUGAGGUGGUGAUCCGACAUCCACACUGAUAUGUCUGCCAGACAUGCAGAGAUGCGAUUCGCCACCUGGUUAUCAGAAGGGGGAAAGGAUAAAUUAAUUGUGUGUCAUCUGCGUAGCAAUGAUAGGAGAGACCAUGUGAGGAUAUGACAGAGCCAAGUGACUUGAUGUAUAGAGAGAAUAGGAGAGGGCCUAGAUCUGAGCCCUGGGGGACACCAGUGGUGAGAGCACGUGGUGCGGAGAGAGAUUGUCGCCACGCCACCUGGUAGGAGCGACCUGUCAGGUAGGACGCAAUCCAAGAGUGAGCAGCGCCGGAAAUGCCCAACUCGGAGAGGGUGGAGAGGAGGAUCUGAUGGUUCACAGUAUCAAAGGCAGCGGAUAGGUCUAGAAGGAUAAGAGCAGAGGAGAGAGAGAGAGUUAGCUUUAGCAGUGCGGAGAGAAGAGCAGUCUCAGUUGAAACCUGACUGGUUUAGAUCAAGAAGGUCAUUCUGAGAGAGAUAGCAGGAGAGUUGGCUAGAGACGGCACGCUCAAGAGUUUUGGAGAGAAAAGAAAGAAGGGAUACUGGUCUGUAGUUGUUGACAUCGGUGGGAUCGAGUGUAGGUUUUUUGAGGAGGGGUGCAACUCUCGCUCUCUUGAAGACGGAAGGGACAUGGCCAGCGGUCAAGGAUGAGUUGAUGAGCGAGGUGAGGUAAGGGAGAAGGUCUCCGGAAAUGGUCUGGAGAAGAGAGGAGGGGAUAGGGUCAAGCGGGCAAGAUUUCAUCUGGAGAGAGAGGGGAGAAAGAAGUCAAAGCCUAGGGUAGGGCAGUGUGAGCAGGACCAGCGGUGUCAUUUGACUUAAUAAAUUAGGAUCGGAUGUCGUCAACCUUCUUUUCAAAAUGGUUGACAAAGUCAUCCACAGAGAGGGAGGGGAGGGAGGGGGAGGAGGAGGAGGGGGAUUCAGUAAGGAGGAGAAGGUGGCAAAGAGCUUCCUAGGGUUAGAGGCAGAGGCUUGAAAUAUAGAGUGGUAGAAAGUGGCUUUAGCAGCGGAAACAGAGGAAGAGAAUGUAGAGAGGAGGGAGGAGGGAGUGAAAAGAUGACAGGUCCGCAGGGAGUCUAGUUUUCCUCCAUUUCCGCUCGGCUGCCCGGAGCCCUCUUCUGUGAGCUCGCAAUGAGUCGUCAAGCCACAGAGCAGGAGGGGAGGACCGAGCCGGCCGGGAGGAUAGGGGACAUAGAGAGUCAAAAGAUGCAGAAAGGAAGGAGAGGAGGGUUGAGAAGGCAGAAUCAGGAGAUCGGAGGGAGAAGGAUUUAGCAGAGGGAAGAGAUGAUAGGAUGGAAGACGAGAGAGUAGCGGGAGAGAGAGCGAAGGUUGCGACGGCGCAUUACCAUCUGAGUAGGGGCAGAGUGAGUAGUGUUGGAGGAGAGCGAGAGAGAAAAGGAUACAAAGUAGUGGUCUUGGAGGGGAGUUGCAGUGAGAUUAGUAGAAGAACAGCAUCUAGUAAAGAUGAGGUCAAGCGUAUUGCCUGCCUUGUGAGUAGGGGGGGACGAUGAGAGGGUGAGGUCAAAAGAGGAAAGGAGUGGAAAGGAGGAGGCAGAGAGAAAUUAGUCAAAGGCAGACAUAGGGAGGUUAAUGUCACCCAGAACUGUGAGGGGUGAGCCAUCCUCAGGAAAGGAACUUAUCAAGGCGUCAAGCUCAUUGAUGAACUCUCCAAGGGAACCUGGAGAGCGAUAAAUGACAAGGAUGUUAAACUUGAAUGGGGUAGUGACUGUGACAGCAUGGAAUUCAAAUGAGGAGAUAGACAGAUGGGUCAGGGGAUAAAGAGAGAAUGUCCACUUGGGAGAGAUGAGGAUUCCUGUGCCACCGCCGCGCUGACCAGAUGCUCUCGGGGUAUUUGAGAACAAAUGGUUAGACGAGGAAAGAGCAGUAGGAGUAGCAGUGUUGUCUGUGGUAAUCCAUGUUUCCGUCAGCGCCAAGUCGAGGGACUGGAGGGUAGCAUAGGCUGAGAUGAACUCUGCCUUGUUGGCCGCAGAACGGCAGUUCCAGAGGCUGCCAGAGACCUGGAACUCCAGGUGGGUGGUGCGCGCAGGGACCACCAGAUUAGUGGCAACAGCCACGUGGUGUGAAGCGUUUGUAUGGUCUGUGCAGAGAGGAGAGAACAGGGAUAGACAGACACAUAGUUGACAUGCUACAGAAAAUGGCUACAGUAAAGCAAAGGGGAUCGGAAUGAAAUGAACUAAACAUCUGGGAAAGUGAGAGAGCGGGGCCUCCCUCACUUACAUUUCACUGAAACCCUCAAAUAUCACCGGGCUCAGCCGAAUACAAUACUUACCUACAAUAAUUACCUACAAUAACUACCUAGAUAAACUACCUACAAUACCUAACUACAAUACCUACCUACCUGCAAUCUAAAUACAUGUAACCUACCCUACUGGCACGUGUAACCUACCCUACUGGCACGUGUAACCUACCCUACUGGCACGUGUAACCUACCCUACUGGCACGUGUAACCUACCCCCGUGUACCUCCCCUAACUGGCAACGUGUAACCUACCCUACUGGACGGUGUAACCUACCCUAACUGGCAACGUGUCACCUACCUCUACUGACCAACGUUUUAACCCUACCCUACUGGCACGUGUACCUAUAUCCCUACCCCUAACCUACCUGACACGUGUAACCUACCCUACGAGCACGUGUAAACCUCACCCUACAGACAGUGUAACCUACCCUACGGCACGUGUAACCUACCCUACUGGCAGUGUAACCUCACCUAACUGCACGUGUAACCUACCCUACUGACACGUGUAACCUACCCUACUGACACGUGUAACCUACCCUACUGACACGUGUAACCUCACCCUACAGACACGUGUAACCUCAUCCUACAGACAUGUGUACACCUCUGCAGUGAACCUACCUAUGACACGUGUAACCUCACCCUACAGACAACGUGUAACCUCAUCCUACAUGGACAGUGUAACCUAUCCUACAGACACUGUGUAACCUCACCUACGACACGUGUAACCUACCUACAGACAGUGUAACCUCACCCUACAGACAUGUGUAACCUCAUCCUACAGACAUGUGUAACCUCAUCCUACAGACACGUGUAACCUCACCCUACAGACACGUGUAACCUCAUCCUACAGACAUGUGUAACCUCACCCUACAGACAUGUGUAACCUCACCCUACAGACACGUGUAACCUCAUCCUACAGACAUGUGUACCUCACCUACACUACGACAGUGUAACCUCAUCCUACAGACACGUGUACCCCUCCUAAACACGUGUAACCUCACCCUACACGUGUAACCACCCUACCUGUGUAACCUCACCCUACAGACACGUGUAACCUCAUCCACACAUGUGUACCUCACCCUACGACACUGACAUGUACCUCACCUACAACAGUGUACCUCACCCACAGACACGUGUAACCUCAUCCUACAGACAUGUAACCUCACCCAACACUGUAACCUACCUACUACAUUUUAACUUCGCCCUCCUACAGACAUGUGUACACUCGUACUCCCCCACAGACCCAGUACCUCACCCCGACAGAACACAGUAACCUCAACACAAGUAACUUCACCUCACAGACACAAGUACUUCACCCCACAGACACAAGUAACUUCAAAUGAUUGUAAAUGCCCAUCCCUAGUGUGUGUGUGUGUGAAAUGGGGAUGGUCACUAUAAGGUGGCUCUGCAGAUGAGUUGGAUCAAGCCCCAACUUGUUGAAGUCAACUUCCUGUGGCUCUGUGACAGUUUCCUGUAUGUCACUGUGGGGACCAGAUUUGUCGUUAAAGCGGCCAUGCAAACAGGAAGAGGAAGCCCUGUGUGUUACCUGCUAAUGGUUCCCCCAGUCUAUUUUAAGGGGUCAAGGAGGUUCUCUCCAGUGAUGGUAUGGCGAAGCUGGGACAGAGGUGUCAGAUGCACUUCCUGAGUUUGUGUGUGUGUGUGGGUGCGUGCGAUGACUAAACCAGGCAGAUCAUCCUGACUCAGUCCAUUGUCAUGUAUGGCAUCUCUGACAUGCUAGUCCUUCCUGAGACGUGUAGAAGGAGAACUGAUCUCAUGUUAAAUGCUUGUUGGUUUCCCACUGAGUUCAAUGUGUACAUGCAGACCUCUGAUUGCACAACUAAGCAUUAUCAAAACUCAAUCUAUCGCUCUCCCCCCUUCAUCUUCCUCUUUGUCUCUCUCUCUGUCUCUCUCUCCAUCUCUCUCUCUGUCUCUCUGCUCUCUCUCCUCUCUCUCUCUCUCUUGCCUCUCAUCUCUCUGCUCUCUCUCUGCUCUGCUCUCUCCUCUCUGCUCUUCUCUCUCUUCUCUCUCUCUCUCCUCUCUCUUCGUCGCUCUUCUCUCUCUCUCCGCUCUCUCUCUGCUCUCAUCUGCUCUUCUCCUCUCCUCUCCUGCUCCCCUCCCUCUGCUCUCUCUCUCUGUCUCUCCUCUCUCAUCUCUCCUCUCUCUCUCUCUGUCCUCGCUCCUCUCCUCUCUCUUUUUCUCUCUCUCACUCGCUUUCCUCCUUUCUCUCUCCCAUCUCUUCCACUCACUCGGUCCUUCCCUUUUCCACUCCCCCUCUCUCCUCGGCCCCUUCUCGUUUCUCCCUCCGUCUCUCCUCUCUCUCACUCAUCCCUCUUCUCUCUCUGGUCUCGUCCUAUCUCUCCGCUUCUCUCUCUCUUCCUCUCUGCUCUCUCGUUCCCCUCUUUACCUUCCCUCCCUCUGCUCUCUUCUUCUCACCUCCCGGGUUCAAUUCUUCCCUCUGCUCUCCCCGUGGUUCAACUCUCCUUCUCUCCUCUCUCUCGUCUCUCGUCGGCUCCCUCUUUCAAGCUCUCCGGUCUCGCUUUCGUCCUCUCUCUUGCGUCGCUUCCCCCCUCUCUCCUCUCUCUCCUCUUGUCCUCUCUCCGUCUCUCGUUAGGUUCUUUAAGAUUAGAGGACAAGCACCAGCAGAACAUGUUAUAGAUGACAUCAGUGACAUAGUGUUCAGACACGCCCAGUCCAACUUUGACCCCUACAUCACCUACUGCUCCAAUGAGGUUUACCAGCAGAGGACCCUACAGAGGCUAGUGUGAGUACACACACACACACUCACCACACACACACACACACUCACCACACACACAACUUUGAACUGUGACUGAUAACUGCCCCUCUCCCCCCCUCUCUCUCUCUGUCCCAGAAGUAGUAAGAAUCCAGUGUUUAAGGAGGUGUUGACUCGUAUUGAGGCCCACCCAGACUGCAGGAACCUCCCUAUGAUCUCCUUCCUAAUCCUGCCAAUGCAGAGAGUCACCCGCCUGCCUCUGCUGAUGGACGUGAGCAAACACACAACACACAUAUACUGGACACACAUCUAACACUCAUAUACCCUCACCGGCCAGUUGAUUAGGUACACCAAAAUGGUUCGCUCCUACAGACAGUGAGUCACGUGGCCGUGGCUUGCUAUAUAAAGCAGGCAGACAGGCAUCGAAGGCAUUCAGUUACUGUUCGAUUGAAUGUUAGAAUGGGCAAAACAAGUGACCUAAGUGACUUUGAGCGUGGUAUAAUGGUCGGAUCCAGUAUCUCAGAAAAAAGGCUUUUCACGCACGGCAGUGUCUAGGGUUUACAGAGAAUGGUGCGAUUAAACAAAAAACAUCCAGUCAGCAGCAGCCCUGUGGGCGAAAACAGCUUGUUGAUGAGAGAGGUUGAAGGAGAAUGGCCAGAAUCGUGCAAGCUAACAGGUGGGCCACAAACAGGCAAAUAACAGCGCAGUACAACAGUGGUGUGCAGACCGGCAUCUUGGGAAACACACAACUCCUCAGUCCUUGUCACAGAUGGGGUAUUUCAGCAGACGACCACACCGGGUUCCACUCCUAUCAGCUAAAAACUAGAAGAAGCUGCUCCAGUGGGCCCGUGAUCACCAACACUGGACAUUUGAGGAGUGGAAAAACAUCCCCCGUUCCGACGAAUCCCAGUUCCUGUUGCGUCACGCUGAUGUCAGAGUCAGGAUUUGGCGUAAGCAGCAUGAUUCCAUGGACCCGUCAUGCCUGGUGUCAACUGUACAGGUUGGCGGUGGGGUAAUGGUGUGGGAAAUGUUUUCCUGGCACACGUUAGGUACCUUGAUGCCAAUUGAUACAUGUUUGAACGCCACAGCGUAUCUGAACAUUGUUGUUGACCAAACCCAAUAGAGCAUCUUUAGGAUGAGAAUGGAGGGGGGUUGGCAUUCUCUCAUUCCUCCCCCAUCCAUUCUCUCAUCCCUCCCCCCUCCAUUCUCUCCCCCCUCCAUUCUCUCAUUCCUCCCCCUUCCAUUCUCUCAUCCCUCCCCCUCCAUUCUCUCAUCCCUCCCCCCUCCAUUCUCUCAUCCCUCCCCCCUCCAUUCUCUCAUCCCUCCCCCUCCAUUAUCUCCCCCCUCCCCCCUCCAUUCUCUCCCCCCUCCAUUCUCUCCCCCCUCCUCUCCCCCCCCUCCUUUUCUCAUCCCUCCCCCCUCCAUUUUCUCAUCCCCCCCUCCCCCCUCUCAUUCUCUCAUCCCUCCCCCUCCCAUUCUCUCAUCCCCCCCCCCUCCAUUCUCUCAUCCCUCCCCCCUAUUCUCUCAUCCCUCCCCCUCCAUUCUCUCAUCCCUCCCCCCUCCAUUCUUCUCCCCCCCCCCUAUUCCCAUCCUCCCCCCUUUCUCUCAUCCCCCCCCCUCCAUUCUCUCAUCCCCUCCCCCCUCCAUUUCUCUCAUCCCUCCCCCCUCCAUUCCUCAUCCCUCCCCCCCCCUCCCUCCAUUCUCUCAUCCCUCCCCCCUCUCCCCUUUUCCUCAUCCCCCCUCCAUUCUCUCAUCCUCCCCCCUCCAUUCUCUCAUCCCUCCCCCUCUAUUCUCUCAUCUCCUCCCCCCCAUUCCAUUGCUCUCAUCCCUCCCCCCUCCAUUCUCUCAUCCCUCCCCCCCUCUAUUCUCUCAUCCCUCCCCCCUCUAUUCUCUCAUCCUCCCCCUCCAUUCCUCUCACCCUCCCCCCUCCAUUCUCUCAUCCCUCCCUCCCCCUCCAUUCUCUCAUCCCUCCCCCUCCUAUCUCUCAUCCCUCCCCCCUCCAUUCUCUCAUCCCUCCCCCCUCCAUUCUCUCAUCCCUCCCCCCUCCUUCUCUCAUCCCUCCCCCUCCAUUCUCUCAUCCCUCCCCCCUCCAUUCUCUCAUCCCUCCCCCCUCCAUUCUCGUCAUCCCUCCCCCCUCCAUUCUCUCAUCCCUCCCCCCUCCCUUCUCUCAUCCCUCCCCCCUCCAUUCUCUCAUCCCUCCCCCUCCAUCUCUCUCUCAUCCCUCCCCCCUCCAUUCUCUCAUCCCUCCCCCCUCUAAUUCUCUUCCUCCCUCCCCCCUCUAUUCUCCUCAUCCCUCCCCCCUCCAUUCUCCAUCCCUCCCCCCUCAUUCUCUCAUCCCAUCCCCCCCUCUAUUCUCUCAUCCCUCCCCCCUCUCAUGUCUCUCAUUCCCUCCCCCCCCCUCCAUUCUCUCAUCCCUCCCCCCUCUAUUCUCUCAUCCCUCCCCCCUCUAUUCUCUCAUCCCUCCCCCCUCCAGUUCCCGCCUCCCCCCGCUAUGCUCCUCAACCCUCCCCCCUCUCAUUCUCUCAUCCCCUCCCCCCCCUAUCUCCAUCCUCCCCCCUCCAUAUCCCUCAUCCCCCCCCUCUAUUCUCUCAUCCCCUCCCCCCUCUAUUCUCUCAUCCCUCCCCCCCCCAUGUCUCAUCAUCCCGCCCCCCUCUAUUCUUCUCAAUCCCUCAUCCCCCCCCUCCAUUCUCUCAUCCCUCCCCCCUCUAUUCUCUCAUCUAUCUGUCUCCUCCAGUAUGUUGAACUUGGAAUAGCAGGUCAUGUGUUUCUGAUCUCUAAACUGUUAGUUUUAUUAUCACACACACACACACACACACACACGCGCACACACACACACACACACACACACACACACACACACACAAUAACAUUACUGAGGACCUACUGACUUUUAUUGCACCACUGUUGAUGAUUGGCUUACAUUCCCCCAGUGAAAUCACCAUGACCCACACUACUGUAGCCUUCAUCUACUGUAGCCUUCAUCAACAGUAGCUUUCAUCUACUGUAGCUUUCACCUACAGUAGCCUUCACCUACAGUAGCCUUCACCUACAGUAGCCUUCACCUGCUGUAGCCUUCAUCUAUUAGUAGCCUUCAUCUACAGUAGCCUUCAUCUACAGUAGCCUUCAUCUACUGUAGCCUUCAUCUACUGUAGCCUUCAUUUACUGUAUCCUUGGGGUAAGGGAGGGGUAGAAUGAUUACUUUAUCCUAUCCCAGGUAUUCCAUAAAGAGGUGGGGUUUCAAAUGUCUCCGGAAGGUGGUGAGUGACUCCGCUGUCCUGGCGUCGUGAGGGAGCUUGUUCCACCAUUGGGGUGCCAGAGCAGCGAACAGUUUUGACUGGGCUGAGCGGGAACUAUGCUUCCACAGAGGAAGGGGAGCCAGCAGGCCAGAGGUGGAUGAACGCAAUGACCUCGUUUGGGUGUAGGGACUGAUCAGAGCCUGAAGGUACGGAGGUGCCGUUCCCCUCACAGCUCCAUAGGCAAGCACCAUGGUCUUGUAACAGAUGCGAGCUUCAACUGGAAGCCAGUGGAGUGUGCGGAGGAGGGGGGUGACGUGAGAGAACUUGGGAAGGUUGAACACCAGACGGGCUGCGGCAUUCUGGAUGAGUUGUAGGGGUUUAAUGGCACAGGCAGGGAGCCCAGCCAACAGCGAGUUGCAGUAAUCCAGACGGGAGAUGACAAGUGCCUGGAUUAGGACCUGUGCCGCUUCCUGUGUAAGGCAGGGGUCGUACUCUCCGAAUGUUGUAGAGCAUGAAACUACAGGAUCGGGUCACCGCCUUGAUGUUAGCGGAGAACGACAGGGUGUUGUCCAGGGUCACGCCAAGGCUCUUCGCACUCUUGGAGGAGGACACAACGGAGUUGUCAACCGUGAUGGCGAGAUCAUGGAACAGGCAGUCCUUCCCCGGGAGGAAUAGCAGCUCCGUCUUGCCAAGGUUCAGCUUGAGGUGGUGAUCCGUCAUCCAUACUGAUAUGUCUGCCAGACAUGCAGAGAUGCGAUUCGCCACCUGGUUAUCAGAAGGGGGAAAGGAGAAGAUUAGUUGUGUGUCGUCAGCGUAGCAAUGAUAGGAGAGGCCAUGUGAGGAUAUGACAGAGCCAAGUGACUUGGUGUAUAGCGAGAAUAGGAGAGGGCCUAGAACUGAGCCCUGGGGGACACCAGUGGUGAGAGCACGUGGUGCGGAGACAGCUUCUCGCCACGCCACUUGGUAGGAGCGACCGGUCAGGUAGGAUGCAAUCCAAGAGUGAGCCGCGCCGGAGAUGCCCAGCUCGUAGAGGGUGGAGAGGAGGAUCUGAUGGUUCACAGUUUCAAAGGCAGCAGACAGGUCUAGAAGGACAAGAGCAGAGGAGAGAGAAUUAGCUUUAGCAGUGCGGAGAGCCUCCGUGACACAGAGAAGAGUAGUCUCAGUUGAAUGACCAGUCUUGAAACCUGACUGGUUUGGAUCAAGAAGGUCAUUCUGAGAGAGAUAGCAAGAGAGUUGGCUAAAGACGGCACGCUCAAUAGUUUUGGAGAGAAAAGAAAGAAGGGAUACUGGUCUGUAGUUGUUGACAUCAGAGGGAUCGAGUGUUGGUUUUUUGAGAAGGGGUGCAACUCUCGCUCUCUUGAAGACGGAAGGGACAUAGCCAGCGGUCAAGGAUGAGUUGAUCAGCGAGGUGAGGUAGGGGAGAAGGUCACCGGAGAUGGUCUGGAGAAAAGAGGAGGGGAUAGGGUCAAGCGGGCAGGUUGUUGGGCGGCCUGCAGUCACAAGUCGCAAGAUUUUAUCUGGAGAGAGAGGGGAGAAAGAAGUCAAAGCAUAGGGUAGGGCAGUGUGAGCAGGACCAGCAGUGUCAUUUGACUGAACAAACGAGGAUCGGAUGUCGUCAACCUUCUUUUCAAAGUGGUUGACGAAGUCAUCCACAGAGAGGGAGGGGGAGGGGGGGGGGGAUUCAGCAGGGAGGAGAAUGUGGCAAAGAGCUUCCUAGGGUUAGAGGCAGAUGCUUGGAAUUUAGCGUGGUAGAAAGUGGCCUUAGCAGCAGAAAACAGAUGAAGAAAAUGUAGAGAGGAGGGAGUGAAAAGAUGCCAGGUCCGCAGGGAGUCUAGUUUUCUUCCAUUUCCGCUCAGCUGCCCGGAGCUCUGUUCUGUGAGCUCGCAAUGAGUCAUCAAGCCACGGAGCUGGAGGGGAGGACCGAGCCGGCCGGGAGGAUAGGGGACAUAGAGAGUCAAAUGAUGCAGAAAGGGAGGAGAGGAGAGGGUUGAGGAGGCAGAAUCAGGAUAUUGGAGGGAGAAGGAUUGAGCAGAGGGAAGAGAUGAUAGGAUGGAAGAGGAGAGAGUAGCGGGAGAGAGAGAGCGAAGGUUGCGACGGCGCAUUACCAUCUGUGUAGGGGCAGAGUGAGUAGUGUUGGAGGAGAGCGAGAGAGAAAAGGAUACAAAGUAGUGGUCGGAGACAUGGAGGGGAGUUGCAGUGAGAUUAGUAGAAGAACAGCAUCUAGUAAAGAUGAGGUCAAGCAUAUUGCCUGCCUUGUGAGUAGGGGGGGACGGUGAGAGGGUGAGGUCAAAAGAGGAGAGGAGUGGAAAGAAGGAGGCAGAGAGAAAUGAGUCAAAUGUAGACGUAGGGAGGUUGAUAUCCCCCAGAACUGUGAGGGGUGAGCCAUCCUCAGGAAAGGAACUUAUCAAGGCGUCAAGCUCAUUGAUGAACUCUCCAAGGGAAACUGGAGGGCGAUAGAUGACAAGGAUAUUAAGCUUAAAUGGGCUAGUGACUGUGACAGCAUGGAAUUCAAAUGAGGAGAUAGACAGAUGGGUUAGGGGAAAAAUUGAGAAUGUCCACUUGGGAGAGAUGAGGAUUCCUGUGCCACCACCCCGCUGACCAGAUGCUCUCGGGGUAUGCGAGAACACAUGGUCAGACGAGGAGAGAACAGUAUGAGUAGCAGUGUUUUCAGUGGUAAUCCAUGUUUCCGUCAGCGCCAAGAAGUCGAGGGACUGGAGGGUAGCAUAGGCUGGGAUGAAGUCUGCCUUGUUGGCAGCAGAACGGCAGUUCCAGAGGCUGCCUGAGACCUGGAACUCCAGGUGGGUGGUGCGUGCAGGGACCACCAGGUUAGAGAGGCAGCAGCCACGCGGUGUGAGGUGUUUGUGUAGCCUGUGCGGAGAGGAGAGAACAGGGAUAGGCAGAGGCAUAGUUGACAGGCUGCAGCAAAUGGCUACAAUAAUGCAGAGGAGAUCGGAAUGAAAUGAACUAAACAUCUGGGAAAGGAGAGAGCGGGGCCUCCCUCAGCACAACUCCCAAAUAUAACUCUCCCAACUUCCACCUCAGAAACUAUAAUUGUUGUAAACUACAGCGGUUCAAUGUUUCUAGGAAUAGACUAACUCAGUUUAUUCAGCUAGCUAACUAGGUGCAGUAUUAUUCCGUGAAAAUCGUCCGGGCAUCAAGUCAUAUGACGCCACAGCCAGCUAGCAUGCCGGACUCCAGCAACACAUUUUAGCGCCAAUACUCUGCCACAACAAACCACCAGUGUAUCAACACGCAAGCAGAUCGUUCAUGUCCGGCUUCAGCUAUUGUAUCCUUCAGUUAUAGUAGGCUUCAGCUAUAGUAGGCUUCAGCUAUAGUAGGCUUCAGCUAUUGUAGCCUUCGUCUAUUGUAGCCUUCAGUUAUAGUAGCCUUCAUCUACUGUAGCCUUCAUCUAUUGUAGCCUUCAGUUAUAGUAGCCUUCAUCUACUGCAGCCUUCAUGUAUAGUAGACUUCAUCUAUAGUAGCCUUCAUCUACUGUAGCUUUCAUCUACUGUAGCUUUCAUCUAUUAGUAGCCUUCAUCUAUAGUAGCCUUCAUCUACAGUAGCCUUCAUCUACUGUAGCUUUCAUCUACUGUAGCUUUCAUCUACUGUAGCCUUCAUCUAUAUUAGCCUUCACCUACAGUAGCCUUCACCUACUCUAGCCUUCACCUACUGUAGCCUUCACCAACAGUAGCCUUCAUCUACUGUAGCCUUCAUCUACUGUAGCCUUCAUCUACUGUAGCCUUCAUCUACUGUAGCCUUCAUCUACUGUAGCCUUCAUCUACUGUAGCCUUCAUCUAUAGUAGCCUUCAUCUAUAGAUGCCUUCAUCUUAACUGGCCUCAAAGAGCUCAGCUCCUAACUAUUGACCUAGAAAUGUUUGUCCAUUCAUUGGUUCUUUGGUUUCACUUACUGUUCUAUCGCUCUCCUCUUCUCUCUCUUUCCCUGUUCUAGUUGUUCCCUUGAGGUUGAAGGAAGGAUACUAGGCCAUGAAGUAUGAGACUUUUGAGCCCUGAGAAAGUUUUGGUUACACUUAAUGCUUCCAACCGCUGUGCGUGUGUGUGUGUGUGUGUGUGUGCGUGCGUGUGUGUGUGUGUGUGUGUGUGUGUGUGUGUGUGUGUGCGUGUGUGUUCAUGACAGCAGCGUUAGAGAGAGGUGUUCUGGAAGCCUCUCCCAGGCACACUCUACUGACUUUAUUACAUCAUACUCUACUGUGUACACAGACUUUAUUACAUCAUACUCUACUGUGUACACAGACUUUAUUACAUCACACUCUACUGUGUACACAGACUUUAUUACAUCAUACUCUACUGUGUACACAGACUUUAUUACAUCAUGCUCUACUGUGUACACAGACUUUAUUACAUCACACUCUACUGUGUACACAGACUUUAUUACAUCAUACUCUACUGUGUACACAGACUUUAUUACAUCAUACUCUACUGUGUACACAGACUUUAUUACAUCAUACUCUACUGUGUACACAGACUUUAUUACAUCAUACUCUACUGUGUACACAGACUUUAUUACAUUAUACUCUACUGUGUACACAGACUUUAUUACAUCAACUCUACUGUGUACACAGACUUUAUUACAUCAUACUCUACUGUGUACACAGACUUUAUUACAUCAUGCUCUACUGUGUACACAGACUUUAUUACAUCACACUCUACUGUGUACACAGACUUUAUUACAUCACACUCUACUGUGUACACAGACUUUAUUACAUCAUACUCUACUGUGUACACAGACUUUAUUACAUCAUACUCUACUGUGUACACAGACUUUAUUACAUCAUACUCUACUGUGUACACAUACUUUAUUACAUUAUACUCUACUGUGUACACAGACUUUAUUACAUCAUACUCUACUGUGUACACAGACUUUAUUACAUCAUACUCUACUGUGUACACAGACUUUAUUACAUCAUACUCUACUGUGUACACAGACUUUAUUACAUCAUACUCUACUGUGUACACAGACUUUAUUACAUCAUACUCUACUGUGUACACAGACUUUAUUACAUCAUACUCUACUGUGUACACAGACUUUAUUACAUCAGCCCUUUGAUAAAGAACACACUGUCCUGGCUCCCAGCCACUGUGUGUGCGUGAUCUGCUCUGACCUCUGACCCCUCUUUCUGUUUCAGGUCAUUUGUCAGAAGGCUUCUAAAGACUCAGCUCAGUAUGAGGCCUGUAAGAAAGCCCUCCAAUCAGUCAGCAAGGUGAGAGGUCAACUGGGGUCAAACCCAAACUGAUGCCAGGUCAAAGGUCAAAGCCCAUCUCAACAUGACAUCAAGGAAGAGCCUGUGUUUUCCUGUGGUCUUUGUAUGUGAGCCUGCAUGCAACUGCACGUUUGUGUCCGUGCGUCUGUGCGUGCUUGUAACUCUGUGUGUGUGUGUGUGUGUGUGUGUGUGUGUGUGUUAGGUGGUGCGUAAGUGUAACGAAGGGGCCCGUACCAUGGAGAGAACAGAGAUGAUGUACACCAUCAACUCCCAACUGGAGUUUAAGAUCAAGGUAAGGAGAUGGGCUUGGAAUUAUGUAGUACAGUAUGGUAACUCUAUUAACCCCAGUGGUGCCUGUAGCUGGGCUUGGUGACUGUCUCAAUUAACCCCAGUGGUGCCUGUAGCUGGGCUUGGUGACUGUCUCAAUUAACCCCAGUGGUGCCUGUAGCUGGGCUUGGUGACUGUCUCAAUUAACCCCAGUGGUGCCUGUAGCUGGGCUUGGUGACUGUCUCAAUUAACCCCAGUGAGGCCUAUAUCUGUUAACCUACUGUAUAUCCUGAAGAGCUGUUAAGGUCACUAUAAGAUACUAUGGACCAGGACACUCCAACCCUGUUCCUGGAGAGCUAGAAUCCUUAAACCUGGAAUCCUUAAUGGUGAAACUGCCACGUACGUUUUGGGAUAUUGCAACAACAAAGACCUAACUCUGUUCCCCCCUCUGACAUCACUGCAUGCGCGAUAGAACAGCAGAAUAUGUACUGCACAUAAGGUUUUUAACAUGCUGCGCAACGCUCCUGACCUCCUGACCUCCGUUUGUCAACAAAACAAAGGCGGUGGGGGCUUGGUAAAAGCUGAGGGAUGGGCCUGGAAGAAACUUUCAAAUUCAUAAACAGAGCUAUGUAUGCGAGGACUGACCAUCCAUGAUAUCAAGAUGAUAGUUUUAAGCACGUUUUUUAAGGCUGUACAGUGUUUGGAGUAAAACAAGCUUAUAUGUUGGGGUACGACAGUUAAACUAAGCUCAUGAGACGUAAGUCAUUCUUUUAAGAAUCAAUGGCUAUAUAUCAUUUAAUUUAUAAGAAAAAAAAAUGUAUGUAGCAACUAAGGAUUCUAGCUUUAAAGCCCGUACCAUGAGAUACUGCGAAGGUAUUACCAUUAGCUGUCCCCCUCUGCUUUUGAGGAACAUUUGGGGGUGUUCCUGGUCAUACCUGACAUUUCCCAGGCGGUCUCCCAGGGGAGAGACACACAGGGAGGCAUCAUGAAGUUUCUCUACUGGUGUGAAAUGGAGAGGAGUCAUGGUCCGUUUCUCUACUGGUGUGAAAUGGAGAGGAGUCAUGGUCCGUUUCUCUACUGGUGUGAAAUGGAGAGGAGUCAUGGUCCUAUAUAACAGUUGCUGCUGCAAUACAAAGUAAAACACACACACACACACACUCAUAAACACACACACACACUCAUAAACACACACACAUGGUGUUAUGUUCUGUGCAUAUGUUCACAGGGUCAUUUCCCAGCAGCCUCUUUGAAUCACACCCCAUUUCUUCAUCUGUUGAUUUGGACAAGUGUGUUUUGAACAGUGUGUUAGAGAUGUUCACAUUUUUCUCUCUCACACAUACAGAACGCGUAGACACACACACACACACACACACAGAGAUGUAUAUUCAAACAGAUGUACUGUACACACACUACCAGUCAAAAGUUUGGACGCACCUACUCAUUCAAGGGUUUUUCUUUAUUUUUACUAUUUUCUACAUUGUAGAAUAAUAGUGAAGACAUCAAAACUAUGAAAUAACACAUAUGGAAUCAUGUAGUAACCACAAAAGUGUUAAACAAAUCAAAAUAUAUGUUAUAUUUGAGAUUCUUCAAAUAGCCACCCUUUGCCUUGAUGACAGCUUUGCACACUCUUGGCAUUCUCUCACCAGCUUCAUGAGGUAGUCACCUGGAAUGCAUUUCAACUAAAAGUUAAUUUGUGGAAUGUCUUUCAUUCUUAAUGCGUUUGAGCCAAUCAGUUGUGUUGUGUUGUGUUGUGACAAGGUAGGGGGGUAUACAGAAGAUAGCCCUAUUUGGUAAAAGACCAAGUCCAUAUUAUGGCAAGAACAGCUCAAAUAAGCAAAGAGAAACGACAGUCCAUCAUUACUUUAAGACAUGAAUGUCAGUCAAUACGGAGAAUGUCUUUGAACGUUUCUUCAAGUGCAGUCGCAAAAACCAUCAAGCGCUAUGAUGAAACUGGCUCUCAUGAGGACCACCACAGGAAUGGAAGACCCAGAGUUACCUCUGCUGCAGAGGAUAAGUUCAUUAGAGUUACCAGCCUCAGAAAUUGCAGCCCAAAUAAAUGAUUCACAGAGUUCAAGUCACAGACACAUCUCAACAUCAACUGUUCAGAGGAGACAGUGUGAAUCAGGCCUUCAUGGUUGAAUUGCUGCAAAGAAACCAAUACUAAAGGACACCAAUAAGAAGAAGAGACUUGCUUGGACCACGAAACACGAGCAAUGGACAUUAGACCGGUGGAAAUUUGUCCUUUGGUCUGGAGAUUUUUGGUUCCAACCGCCGUGUCUUUGUGAGACGCGGUGUGGGUGAACGGAUGAUCUCCGCAUGUGUAGUUCCUUUGCUGGUGACACUGUCUGUGAUUUAUUUAUAAUUCAAGGCACACUUAACCAGCAUGGCUACCACAGCAUUCUACAGCGAUACGCCAUCCCAUCUGGUUUGGGCUUAGUGGGACUAUCAUUUGUUUUUCAACAGGACAAUGAUCCAACACACCUCCAGGCUGUGUAAGGGCUAUUUUACCAAGAAGGAGAGUGUUGCGUCAAAUUACCUGGCUUCCACAAUCCCCCGACCUCAACCCAAUUGAGAUGGUUUGGGAUGAGUCGGACGGCAGAGUGAAGGAAAAGCAGCCAACAAGUGCUCAGCAUAUGUGGGAACUCCUUCAAGAUUGUUGGAAUAGCAUUCCUGGUGAAGCAGGUUGAGAGAAUGCCACGAGUGUGCAAAGCUGUCAUCAAGGCAAAGGGUGGCUAUUUGAAAAAUCUCAAAUAUAUUCUGAUUUGUUUAACACUUGUUUUGGUUACUACAUGAUUCCAUAUGUGUUAUUUCAUAAUUUUUGAUGUCUUCACUAUUAUUCUACAAUGUAAACUCAAACCAAACUUUUGACUGGUACUCUAUAUACACACACUCACAUGCACACACUUGUGUAGACAAACACACACACACACACACUUCGGCAGGCACAAGUGUGAUAGCGGUGUGGGAAAGUGCUGUUGUAACAUAUGGGCCUAACAGAUGUCUGCAGGGCUGUGAACCUCCUUGCCCUCAUAGCCAGUUGUUCACACACACACACACACACACACACACACACACACACACACACACACACACACACACACAGGAAUGUCUGGAGCACAUUCCAUUUUGUAAGCCUUGAUAUUGAUCAUCUCUGUGUCUCUCUCUCUCUCUCCUCUGUCCUCUCUGUCUCUCCCCCCUCCCCCCCCAGCCCUUCCCACUGGUGUCGUCCUCUAGGUGGAUGGUAAAGCGAGGGGAGCUCACAGCCUUCGUGGAGGAGAACGGUAUCUUCUCCAAGAGGACGUCACGACAGCAGGUCUACUUCUUCCUCUUCAAUGACGUCCUCAUCCUCACCAGGAAGAAGAGGUGGGUCCACAGUCUCUCAUUUUAUAUUAUAUAUAAAAAGGGUUAAACAAAUCAAAAUAUAUUUUAUAUUUGAGAUUCUUCAUAUAGCCACCAUUUGCCUUGAUGACAGAUUUGCACACUCUUGGCAUUCUCUCAACAAGCUUCACCUGGAAUGCUUUCCCAACAGUCUUGAAGGAGUUCCCACAUAUGCUGAGCACUCGUUGGCUGCUUUUCCUUCACUCUGCUGUCCGACUCAUCCCAAACCAUUUCAAUUGGGUUGAGGUCAGGGGAUUGUGGAGGCCAGGUCAUCUAAUGCAGCACUCCAUCACUCUCCUUCUUGGUAAAAUAGCCCUUACACAGCCUGUGUCAUUGUCCCCAUUGUGUAUGCCUCCCGAGUGGCGCAGUGGUCUAAGGUCCUGGUUCGAAUCCAGGCUCUGUCGUAGCCGGCCGCGACCGGGAGACCCAUGGGGCGGUGCACAAUUUGCCCAGCGUCGUCCAGGGUAGGGGAGGGAAUGGCCGGCAGGUAUGAAAAAAAUAAUAAUAAUGUAUGCACGUAUGUAAGUCGCUCUGGAUAAGAGCGUCUGCUAAAUGACUAAAAUGUAAAAAAAUUGUCCUGUUGCUGUGGUAGCCAUGCUGGUUAAGUGUGCCUUGAAUCACUGACAGUGUCACCAGCAAAGCACCGCCACCAUAACACCUCCUCCUCCAUGCUUUACGAUGGGAACUACACAUGCGGACACGGCACAAAGACACGGCGGUUGGAACCAAAAAUCUCCAAUUUGGACUCCAGAUCAAAGGACCUGAUUCACACAGUCCCCUCUGAACAGUUGAUGCUGAGAUGUGUCUGUGACGUGAACUUUGUGAAACAUUUAUUUGUGCUGCAAUUUCUGAGGCUGGUAACUCUAAUGAACUUAUCCUCUGCAGCAGAUGUAAAUCUGGGUCUUCCAUUCUUGUGGCGGUCCUCAUGAGAGCCAGUUACGUCAUAGCGCUUGAUGGUUUUUGCGACUGCACUUGAAGAAACUUCCAAAGUUAUUGACAUUUUCCGGAUUAACUGACCUUAAUUUCUUAAGGAAAUGAUGGACUGUCAUUUCUCUUUGCUUAUUUGAGCUGUUCUUGCCACAAUAUGGACUUGGUCUUUUACCAAGUAGGGCUAUCUUCUGUAUACCUUGUCACAACACAACUGAUUGGCUUAAGAAGGAAAGAAAUUCUUCAAAUUAACUUUUAAGAAGGCAUUCCAGGUAACUACCUCAUGAAGCUGGUUAAGAGAAUGCCAAGAGUGUGCAAAGCUGUCAUCAAGGCAAAGGGUGGCUAACACAUAUUUAGAUUUUUGGUUACUACAUGAUUCCAUAUGUGUUAUUUCAUAGUUUUGAUGUCUUCACUGUCAGCAUGUUGGGACAUGGUGGUGAGGUGUGAUCUGGGAAAACGGGCCACACCCCAAUGUUGUAGGCUCGGCCCUAAUAUAUGUGCUCUCUGUUACCUGGAGCUGCAUGGCAAAUGAUCCAGGAACAUAAGGAAAGCACAAAGGACAAUGCCCAAGGACUAGUCAACCCUCCCCUUCUGAGAGGCCAACAUGGAUCUCUGUUACAGUACCCAGAGGACUAUUGUGACAGAAUAAUGCUAUAGUAUCCAUGUCUGGUAUCUAUCUGAAAGUUGUUCACUGAGGACAACUCUGAAGCUUUCUAUAUGAAUGUGUGAUCUCUGUGGUAACUUGUAUCUGUACAGGGUGAACUCUGAAUUACUCAAAGGGGUGUUAUGUUCCUCUCAGGAACUCUGUCUUAUUUACAUCGGCCUCAUCCCCCACACAAGCCUUUAGAUGCUGUGACACCCUGUGGAGGUUGGGUCUUGGUGGUCAGGUUACUGUCAACUUGGUAUCGUUUAAUUGGUCAAUGGUGGUUGGUUUUGUUUUGAGAAGGUUACACCUUCAGAUGUUAUACAUGUAAUUAAAUGCAUUUGUUCUCUCUCUCUUAUCCUGUAUCCGGUUCACUGAGGAAGGUUGUAUGGUACAUUCUAAUUUCCUAGAGCUUCCAGGCCUCUGGCCUAGUACGCAGCUCUGUGUUCAUGUUUUGAACACAGGUCAACUACUUGAAGAAGCAGAGGAACCUUUAGCAGGUCAACUACUUGAAGCAGAGGAACCUUUAGCAGGUCAACUACUUGAAGAAGCAGAGGAACCUUUAGCAGGUCAACUACUUGAAGAACCUUUAGCAGGUCAACUACUUGAAGAAGCAGAAUAACCUUUUAGCAGGUCAACGACUUGAAGAAGCAGAAUAACCUUUUAGCAGGUCAACGACUUGAAGAAGCAGAAGAACCUUUAGCAGGUCAACUACUUGAAGAAGCAGAGGAACCUUUAGCAGGUCAACGACUUGAAGAAGCAGAAGAACCUUUAGCAGGUCAACUACUUGAAGAAGCAGAGGAACCUUUAGCACAGGUAUGUAUUAGCAGGUGUAAAACUACAUCAAAUGGCCUGGCUAAACAUACAAACCUGUCUCUUGGUGUCCUCAGAAUCAGGGUGUCUGGAGUGUAUUGAAGUGUGUGUCUGGUGUAUUUAGUCUGUGUGUCUGUACAUAUGUGUGUCUGUGCUGAGCCCAUGGACCUGCACAUUGUCAGCGGGAUCAGAAUGGAAGCUUGUUUUUUCCCCAAAAAAAUUCAGGACCAUUCUGCACACUAUGAAUAAAGUAUGACUUCCUGGAAACCAUCUGGCUCUUAUUCAUGUGUGUGUGCAUGCUUCUCAUUUCCCCCAAAAUCUCCAGCUGUGUCUGAGACGGAUCGCCAUGCCGCUCUCUCUCCAAAUUCCUCAAACCUUCUUUCUUUCUGGGAAUUUGAUCCAAAGCAGCAGGCUCCAGCAGUAUGCUGCCGCUGGCGUGUGUUCAGGACUGGGAGUGUUUGGGUUUGUUCUGUGGAGGCACGGGAGCCCUGCUGUGGCACGCUACUCUCUCUCUCUCUCUCUCUCUCGCGCUCUCUCGCUCUCUCUCUGUGUGUGUGUCUCUGUGUCUCUUUCUCUGUGUGUUUCUCUCUGUGUGUUUCUCAGUGUGUUUCUCUCUCUGUGUUUCUCUCUCUCUGUUUCCCUCUCUCUCUCGCUGUUUCUCUCUCUGUUUCUCUCUAUCUCUCUCUUUCUCGCUCUCUCUCUUUCUCGCUCUCUCUCUUUCUCGCUCUCUCUGUUUCUCUCUCUCGGUUUCUCUCUCUCUCUCUCUCUCUGUUUCUCUCUCUGUUUCUCUCUGUCUCUGUCAGUCUCUCUCUGUCAGUCUCUCUGUCUUUGCAUGAACAUAAAUAAAAGCACUGGCUAGACAAAUUGUAGGCUAGGUCACAGUACAUUAGGCCAACAGUAGAGCUUGAUAGAGAGUUUAGCCAACGUUAACCCUGGACGCCAUGCUGCUGGCCAGUCUCUCUUGGACUACGUCUGGUCAUAGCCUUGUCUGCCAGAGUGAUUCUACUGCUAUUGACCAGGAGUGGAGAUGGCUCUGAUGUGUGGUUCACCUGCCCAUCUACUGAUUACAGUGGGGGAAAAAAGUAUUUAGUCAGCCACCAAUUGUGCAAGUUCUCCCACUUAAAAAGAUGAGAGAGGCCUGUAAUUUUCAUCAUAGGUACACGUCAACAAUGACAGACAAAAUGAGAAAAGAAAUUCCAGAAAAUCACAUUGUAGGAUUUUUUAUGAAUUUAUUUGCAAAUUAUGGUGGAAAAUAAGUAUUUGGUCAAUAACAACAGUUUCUCAAUACUUUGUUAUAUACCCUUUGUUGGCAAUGACACAGGUCAAACGUUUUCUGUAAGUCUUCACAAGGUUUUCACACACUGUUGCUGGUAUUUUGGCCCAUUCCUCAAUGCAGAUCUCCUCUAGAGCAGUGAUGUUUUGGGGCUGUCGCUGGGCAACACGGAUUUUCAACUCCCUCCAAAGAUUUUCUAUGGGGUUGAGAUCUGGAGACUGGCUAGGCCACUCCAGGACCUUGAAAUGCUUCUUACGAAGCCACUCCUUCGUUGCCCGGGCGGUGUGUUUGGGAUCAUUGUCAUGCUGAAAGACCCAGCCACGUUUCAUCUUCAAUGCCCUUGCUGAUGGAAGGAGGUUUUCACUCAAAAUCUCACGAUACAUGGCCCCAUUCAUUCUUUCCUUUACACAGAUCAGUCGUCCUGGUCCCUUUGCAGAAAAACACCCCAAAGCAUGAUGUUUCCACCCCCAUGCUUCACAGUAGGUAUGGUGUUCUUUGGAUGCAACUCAGCAUUCUUUGUACUCCAAACACGACAAGUUGAGUUUUUACCAAAAAGUUCUAUUUUGGUUUCAUCUGACCAUAUGACAUUCUCCCAAUCCUCUUCUGGAUCAUCCAAAUGCACUCUAGCAAACUUCAGACGGGCCUGGACAUGUACUGGCUUAAGCAGGGGGACACAGCAGGAUUUGAGUCCCUGGCGGCGUAGUGUGUUACUGAUGGUAGGCUUUGUUACUUUGGUCCCAGCUCUCUGCAGGUCAUUCACUAGGUCCCCCCGUGUGGUUCUGGGAUUUUUGCUCACCGUUCUUGUGAUCAUUUUGACCCCACGGGGUGAGAUCUUGCGUGGAACCCCAGAUCGAGGGAGAUUAUCAGUGGUCUUGUAUGUCUUCCAUUUCCUAAUAAUUGCUCCCACAGUUGAUUUCUUCAAACCAAGCUGCUUACCUAUUGCAGAUUCAGUCUUCCCAGCCUGGUGCAGGUCUACAAUUUUGUUUCUGGUGUCCUUUGACAGCUCUUUGGUCUUGGCCAUAGUGGAGUUUGGAGUGUGACUGUUUGAGGUUGUGGACAGGUGUAUUUUAUACUGAUAACAAGUUCAAACAGGUGCCAUUAAUACAGGUAACGAGGGGAGGACAGAGGAGCCUCUUAAAGAAGAAGUUACAGGUCUGUGAGAGCCAGAAAUCUUGCUUGUUUGUAGGUGACCAAAUACUUAUUUUCCACCAUAAUUUGUAAAUAAAUUCAUUAAAAAUCUUACAAUGUGAUUUUCUGGAUUUUUUUCUUCUCAAUUUGUCUGUCAUUACAGGCAUCUCUCAUCUUUUUAAGUGGGAGAACUUGCACAAUUGGUGGCUGACUAAAUACUUUUUUUCCCCACUGUAUGUGUAUUGUUGAUUAGAAACAACUAAGAGCAUCUGUUAAAUGACUAAAAUGUAAAAAUGUAACAAAUAAACAGUUGCCUCCUUUUACAACAAUCAUGAUCUUGUGAAGUCAGGCAUGGGGUGAAUCUCUGUUUUUCUUUUUCAUUUCUAUAAUUGUAAAGCGACUUUGGGUCCUUGAAAAGUGCAAUGUAAGUCCCAUGUUUUAUUAAUUAUUAUUAUUAGUUAAAUGCUUGCUUGCCUUAUCAAGUUAAAAAGUUACCUUAACUUUGAGAGCCCACUUCGAGGGACCAAUCAGAUGGCAGGAUUUUAAACCCGAAGCAGAGAAUGCCACCCACACAAGUGUUGUGGAGAGAUACAUGGCAGAGAGUGACUGUUCAGGAAAACCAGACACUAGACCCACAGGAACACAACUACUACACACAAGCUGGCCUCCCCUCUUCCGCUCACGCUCUUGUCUUUUUCUCUCUCACUUUUCCCUCCUCCCUCUUUUUUUUUGUUUCCCUCUGUCUUCUCUCUUCCAAGCUGAUCUCCCGUCUGUGUUUGUUUGAGUAGGCCCCGAUCUCCCCAGGAAAUUCUUCUCUCUCUCUCUCUGUCUGUCUGUCUCUCUGUGUGAGUGACUAAGCUAGUGUCUCAGUACUCUCUCUCCCUGCUGUAAACAUCCUCUCUUCCCCCCUCCAUCUCUAUCUCUCUUUCUCUCCUUCCAUCAAAGAUUGGUAACUGGUCGAACAGUUAAUAUUCUGAUGUCUGUUCAGUCACCAAGGAGGAGAAGCCUUUGUUAUCACAAACAGCCUGUAUCAAAGGACGGCAUGUUUCUCAUUCUGUGUGUGUGUGCAUAUUGCAGCUCUUUUCUCUCUUUGUACGACAGCUAAGUCCUCCUCUACUGUUCUCAUUCAGUAUUACAUUUACAUUAUUUAGCAGACGCUCUUAUCCAGAGCGACUUACAGGAGCAAUUAGGGUUAAGUGCCUUGCUCAAGGGCACAUCGACAGAUUUUUCACCUAGUUGGCUCGGGGAUUAGAACCAGCGACCUUUCGGUUACUGGCACAACGCUCUUAACCACUAAGCUACCUGCCGCCAGUACUUCUGCAUUCUAUCCAUCCCCCCUCCGCCCCCACCCCCCCACUCCCAUUCCACAGAGGAAUGUAAAUGGAAUUCCACACAUUGUAGCAGUAGGGGAUUCUGGGAAAGGUUAGAAUUCUUUACUGACACCUUACACACCAGACACUUCCUCCUCUUUCUGAUCCUCCAUUUUAACCUCCUCGUCCUCUGAGCUGUCAGACUGGUUGUCGUUGGUUGCCGUGUGGAUUCAGUGAUUGAGUGUAGGGUGAUGGGUACCAGAAGACCCUGCCUCCAACCUCUCAACCAUGACAGGUAUUCUCAACCAGCUGUAGGAAAGGCCCCCCACUGAAUUGGCGUGUGUGUGUUUGUGCAUGUGUAGGUUCGCAUGCAGGGAAUUAAAUCCCUGGAAAGGAGUCCCUGGCUGUCCUUCCACAUCCCAAUUAGACGUACUAUGCUAUAGGCUUUGUGUUUGUGUGUGUCUCUGUGUGUGUGUGUGUUUGUGUGUGUGUGUGUGUGUGGUGCUGCUGAGUUCAGGCCCCAGCAGACCCCUAACUCAGCUUCCCUGUGUGAGAUUGGGCUCUAGAAUGAGUUCCAUAUGGCUCCAACUAACAGCAGGAAGUGUCAAACAUAAUGAGGCUCGGGUGCUCAUGGGAAAUGUAGGCACUAAGCACACAAAUGUUGAGCAGUCAUAUAUAUAUAUAUAUAUCUCUAUACAGUGAGGGGAAAAAAGUAUUUGAUCCCCUGCUGAUUUUGUACGUUUGCACACUGACAAAGAAAUGAUCAGUCUAUAAUUUUAAUGGUAGGUUUAUUUGAACAGUGAGAGACAGAAUAACAACAAAAAAAUCCAGAAAAACGCAUUUCAAAAAUGUUAUAAAUUGAUUUGCAUAUGACCCCUCUGCAAAACAUGACUUAGUACUUGGUGGCAAAACCAUUGUUGGCAAUCACAGAGGUCAGACGUUUCUUGUAGUUGGCCACCAGGUUUGCACACAUCUCAGGAGGGAUUUUGUCCCACUCCUCUUUGCAGAUCUUCUCCAAGUCAUUAAGGUAUCGAGGCUGACAUUUGGCAACUCGAACCUUCAGCUCCCUCCAAAGAUUUUCUAUGGGAUUAAGGUCUGGAGACUGGCUAGGCCACUCCAGGACCUUAAUGUGCUUUUUCUUGAGCCACUCCUUUGUUGCCUUGGCCAUGUGUUUUGGGCCAUUGUCAUGCUGGAAUACCCAUCCAUGAACCAUUUCCAAUGCCCUGGCUGAGGGAAGGAGGUUCUCACCCAAGAUUUGACGGUACAUGGCCCCGUCCAUCGUCCCUUUGAUGCGGUGAAGUUGUCCUGUCCGCUUAGCAGAAAAACACCCCCAAAGCAUAAUGUUUCCACCUCCAUGUUUGACAGUGUGGAUGGUGUUCUUGGGGUCUUAGGCAACAUUCCUCCUCCUCCAAACACGGCGAGUUGAGUUGAUGCCAAAGAGCUCGAUUUUGGUCUCAUCUGACCACAACACUUUCACCCAGUUCUCCUCUGAAUCAUUCAGAUGUUCAUUGGCAAACUUCAGACGGGCAUGUAUAGGUGCUUUCUUGAGCAAGGGGACCUUGCGGGUGCUGCAGGAUUUCAGUCCUUCACGGCGUAGUGUGUUACCAAUUGUUUUCUUGGUGACUAUGGUCCCAGCUGCCUUGAGAUCAUUGACAAGAUCCUCCCGUGUAGUUCUGGGCUGAUUCCUCACCGUUCUCAUGAUCAUUGCAACUCCACGAGGUGAGAUCUUGCAUGGAGCCCAAGGCCGAGGGAGAUUGACAGUUAUUUUGUGUUUCUUCCAUUUGUGAAUAAUCGCACCAACUGUUGUCACCUUCUCACCAAGCUGCUUGGCGAUGGUCUUGUAGCCCAUUCUAGCCUUGUGUGGGUCUACAAUCUUGUCCCUGACAUCUUAGAGAGCUCUUUGGUCUCGGCCAUGGUGGAGAGUUUGGAAUCUGAUUGAUUGAUUGCUUCUGUGGACAGGUGUCUUUUAUACAGGUAACAAGCUGAGAUUAGGAGCACUCCCUUUAAGAGUGUGCUCCUAAUCUCAGCUCGUUACCUGUAUAAAAGACACCUGGGAGCCAGAAAUCUUUCUGAUUGAGAGGGUGUCAAAUACUCAUUAAAAUGCAAAUCAAUUGAUAACAUUUUUGACAUGCGUUUUUCUGGAUUUUGUUGUUGUUAUUCUGUCUCUCACUGUUCAAAUAAACCUUAUUAUAUUGAUAUUUGACUCCAAGUAUCGAUUUGUAAAGUCUAUAAGCAGCGUUAGCUAGUGCUAGUUGGCUGUACCUGUGACACAACCAGUAUUUCUCAUCUUUUUAAAUAGUGACCCAACAUAUUUUCAGCACUUUUAUUUCCCUGACUCAUUUUCUCAUGUCUCUCUCUCGUCUCUCUACAGCAGACAUAUGGUGAGUAAUAUGAUUGGAACAUCAAAUCGCAGUGAAAUCGCAGUAUUGAAUCGCAAUACAUAUUGAAUCGCGAGAAUCACAGUACACAUUUAAUCAGCACCUAAGUAUCGUGAUAAUAUCGUAUCAUGAGGUCCGUGGCAAUUCCCAGCCCUACAGCAAACACUACCUAAUUACUACAAGGUAAUAAAGAAUGGAGUUAAUUGUGGUAGAGGUGUUGCAGUUGUGGGUCACUCACUCUCUCUUUCUCUCCCUUUCUCUCUCCCUCUCUCUCCACCUCAGUGAGGACAGCUAUGCAGUGAUCGACUAUGCUCUGAGGGACCAUAUCUGGGUGGGACCCUGCCAGGCCGAGGAUAUCAACCUAUCACCCGUCAGAACCACCGCUGGAAUGCUGACGUCACGGCAGCCCGGGGCCAGCCACCUCUUCCGCCUGCGUUUCCGUAGCAACCACUCUGGAGACAAGGUGCCCAUGGUCCUGGGGGUGGAGCUAAUGUAAGUGUCACCGUCUAGUGUGCGACCCUUAACCUUUGCAUCUAUGUUUGUCUUCCUCUCUAUCUCUCCCUCUCUGAGCUGGGUCCUAUCUGGGUCCUUCUCUCUGAGCUGGGUCCUAUCUGGGUCCUUCUCUCUGAGCUGGGUCCUAUCUGGGUCCUUCUCUCUGAGCUGGGUCCUAUCUGGGUCCUUCUCUCUGAGCUGGGUCCUAUCUGGGUCCUUCUCUCUGAGCUGGGUCCUAUAUGGGUCCUUCUCUCUGAGCUGGGUCCUAUCUGGGUCCUUCUCUCUGAGCUGGGUCCUAUCUGGGUCCUUCUCUCAGAGCUGGGUCCUAUCUGGGUCCUUCUCUCUGAGCUGGGUCCUUCUCUCUGAGCUGGGUCCUAUCUGGGUCCUUCUCUCUGAGCUGGGUCCUAGCUGGGUCCUUCUCUCUGAGCUGGGUCCUUCUCUCUGAGCUGGGUCCUAGCUGGGUCGUUCUCUCUGAGCUGGGUCCUUCUCUCUGAGCUGGGUCCUAUCUCGGUACUUCUCUCUGAGCUGGGUCCUUCUCUCUGAGCUGGGUCCUUCUCUCUGAGCUGGGUCCUAGCUGGGUCCUUCUCUCUGAGCUGGGUCCUUCUCUCUGAGCUGGGUCCUUCUCUCUGAGCUGAGUCCUAGCUGGGGCCUUCUCUCUGAGCUGGGUCCUUCUCUCUGAGCUGGGUCCUUCUCUCUGAGCUGGGUCCUUCUCUCUGAGCUGGGUCCUAUCUGGGUUCUUCUCUAUCUGUCUCUUAUGUCUUCACCUUCUGAAGCCACUGAGGUUCUAUUCUGCUGUCUAUCUCUCCUGUCUCUCUUUUCUACAUAUCUUCCUGUUAUCACUUCAUCCUUCUGUCAGUUGGGUCAAAUAUGAUGUGCCCUGGGAGUGUGUGGGCAUGUGUGUGUUCCAUCAGGAACAUGUUUGUUUUUGUCCCUCAGUACAUCUGAUGGGAUGGGCAUCUUUAAUCCCACAAUGCCUCUGAGACAACUCACUCAGAUCAAAGUCUAUAUAGAGUUUAUAGAGACCCAUUUUCUCUCUCUCUAUUCAAUUCAAGGGGCUCUCUCUCUCUCACACACACACACACACUGAUCAAAGUCCCCUGGUAUCAGCAUGUAUAGCCUUAUCUCCCCACAACCUAUCAUUAACCCCCUCCACUCUGCGGUCUCUCCCCACAGCCUGUUAAUUAACCCCCUCCACUCUGCGGUCUCUCCCCACAGCCUAUCAUUAACCCCCUCCACUCUGCCGGGUCCUCCCACAGUCCUGUUUAAUUAUCCCCUCCCCUCUGCGGUCUCUCCCCACAGCCUGUUAAUUAACCCCCUCCACUCUGCGGUCUCUCCCCACAGCCUGUUAAUUAACCCCCUCCACUCUGCGGUCUCUUCCCCACCGCCUGUAAUUAACCCCCUCCAGGGGACUCCCCACAUGGUAAUUAACCCCCCCCCAACGCGGAUCUAACCCCCAGCCGUUAAUUAAAAAAACCCCCACUCUGCGGUUCUCCCCCCAAACCCUUUAUUAACCCCUAAAAUCUGGGCUCUCCCCCCAGCCCCCCAUUACCCCCUCACUUGCGGUCUUCCCCACAAACCUUUAAUUAACCCCCCCCCACUUGCAGCUCUCCCCACAGCCCCAUCAUUACCCCCUCCCAACCGGUCUUUCCCCCCAAACCUAUCUUAAAACCCCUCCCCCUCGCGUUCUCCCCAAUUGCCUAAUUAACCCUCCAAUCUGCAGUCUCUCCCCCCAGCCCCUUUAUUACCCCCUCCAAUUGCCCGGCUCCCCACAUAUAUCAUUAACCCCUCCAUCUGCCCCGGCUCUCCCCAAGCCUAUCAUUUAACCCCCUCCCCUUCGGGGCCUCCCCACGCCUGUAUUAACCCCCUCCACUUGCGGUCUUCCCACAGCCUUCAUUAACCCCCUCCCCUCUGCGGUCUCCCACAGCCCUUUAUAACCCCCCUCCACCGGGGGUCUCUCCCCACACCCCAUAUUUAACCCCCCCUUCUCUCUCCCCCCCCAGCCGGCAUUAACCCCUCCACCUGCGGUCUCUCCCCACAGCCUGAAUUUAACCCCCCACUCUGCGGCUUCCCACAGCCUAUCAUUAACCCCCCCCACUCUGCGGCUCCCCCCAAGCCGUUAAUUUAA